AUUUUCAAAUUUGCAUUCUAGAGUGUGCUAAGAAAACUAUAGAGAACAAGCAUUUCUCCACAUCAGAAAACGAAAUUUUGGAUGCAUUGUAAGUUUACUGAGUGACCUGGCCCUAGAUAAAGUUGACAUGCACCUGUAGAUUACUUAAAUCAAUGGUAGGUACUCGUUUAUCUGUUUCAAAUCAGUUGUUAGGCGAUCUGAUAAUAGAUCUGGUAUACAGAAGGCUUGACAGUGGCCUGCGAACAUAUGUUUUUGUAAAAGAUUCGAGCAUUGUUCUUGCCUUAUUCACCAUUUCAAUAGAAAUAAUAAAAACAAGAAACAAUUGAAACUUUAAUAUUUUACUUUUCUUGAUUAAAUUUUCAGUGGCACCACUGUUUGAAAAUAUUUCUUUUAUCGCUGUUUUUAUUCUUAUUUAUAUGCUAGUGCAAAGCUUAAUCUAAAGGCUUGAUAUUAAAUCUGAAAUCUAAAGCCGUUUUUUUAUAACUCGCGGGAAUUGUUUGGAUUUGAAGAUGAAGUUGUUCGAAGUAUUUGAUAUUAGGCUAUGUUACAAAUGUUUUUGUAGAAUGGACAAUGUUUUUGAAUUUUGAAUGUUUCUUUUUGCCUUAGCUCAGUCCAUUGAUUUCUAAAGAAUUUUGUAUGGGCUUCCUUACGUUCUAUUUCUAUCGUUUAGACAGGAACAGAUGGUAAAUAUUUGUGUUUUGAAAAAAAAGUUUGCUUCCAAAUUGCAGGCAUGUGGAUUGAGAAGCGAAGAAUUGCUAAUGUGUUUUGACCUCCUGUUAUGUACCAAGGUUUGAGUCUUGCUAUACACAACAUGGAGUUUUGCGGAGAGCUCUCCUUUUUAAGUCGUUGCAGAGGACUUUUAUAAUCAAUUGUAAAAAUGCGAAGAAGUUACGUGGCAUUUCACUAUCACCUCUGAAUCACACUGAUAAACUCUAUUAUAAAUGGGUCUGGGUUGCAGCUCUGCGAAGUCUGUACAAGCGCCAACGAAACACGAGCAAAGAAGCGGGAAUUCCGUUGUAGCCAACAGUAGUAUCAUCAAAACAGAGACAACACCACAAUGCAAUGCAGCUAUAGAGGUGGCGCAACAACAACCGCUUGAAGAUUUAGCUAGGAGGAGUUCUUACGAAGCUUGCGACAGGAGUAACAGCAACAGCAAUCAUACGAGGAGCUGCAACAACAGCCCUGAGAGAGAUUCUUUAACCAUCAUCCACUUCAACGAUGUAUACAACAUAGAGCCACGUGACAGUGAACCAAUGGGUGGGGCAGCAAGAUUUGUUACCAUGGUGAAGGAGCUUUCGGACAAGGAUCCAUUAAUUUUAUUCAGCGGAGACUGUCUAAAUCCUUCUUUAAUGAGUACCGUGACGAAGGGAAGACAAAUGAUUCCAAUACUAAACAAGAUUGGCGUGCAUGCAGCUCUGUAUGGAAACCAUGACUUUGAUUUUGGCGUUGAUGAGCUGAUACAGUUCAAAAAGCAAACAAAGUUUCCCUGGCUAUUGAGCAACGUGGCGGACGAUCUAACAGAUGAUUUUCUAGCUGAAGGGGUCGAGAAACUGCUACUGGAUUGGCAAGGAAGGAAGGUUGGCAUUAUUGGGCUGAUCGAAGAAGAAUGGCUAGUGACGUUGGCAAGUGUGGAUCCUCGUGACGUCACAUAUGAAGAUUUUGUUGAAUGCGGUAGAAGAUUAGCAGAUACAUUACGAAAAGAGGGAGCAGAUCUCAUAAUCGCACUGACUCACAUGAGAGUCCCAAACGAUGUGAGGCUACUGGAAAGUGAUGCAGAUAUAGAUUUGAUACUAGGAGGCCAUGAUCACCAUUACGAGGUCAAAAAGGCAAAUGAAAAGAUUUUGGUAAAAAGUGGCUCCGAUUUUAAAGAAUUUUCAAGGAUUUCCGUUCACUUUGACGAGAACUCCAACAGACAUGAGUUUGACGUCGUUAAGGUCACACUUGACAGUUCUGUAAAAGAAGACGAAGAAAUUAAUGGAAUUACAGAUGAAUUUUUAGCUUUGAUCGAAGGCAAAAUGGAAUCUGUGCUUGGAAACGUACCUGUAGAUCUAGAUGGACGAUUUUCUAUCGUCAGAACACAAGAAUCAAACCUUGGGAACUUCAUUGCUGAUAUCAUGCGAAUGGCAAUGCAGACGGAUGUGGCAAUUUUAAACGGGGGAAGUCUAAGGUCAGAUCGAAUUCACCAAGCUGGCUGCUUUACGCUCAAGGACCUCGUCUCCAUUCUGCCAAUGAUGGACAUCUUGGUUGUAAUAGCAGUUACAGGCGAGAACUUGAUCGAGGCAUUAGAGAACGGAGUCAGUCAGUAUCCAAGACACGAGGGAAGAUUUCCACAGGUAUCUGGCGUACAGUUCAGCUUCAAUCCUGAUCUUCCUGCAGGGCAACGAAUUUUAAGGAAUUCAGUGAAAGUAAAUGGGCAGAGUUUAGAUUGGAAACUGGAAUACAGAGUUUGUGUCAAGUCAUAUUUAGCUAAGGGAAAAGACGGAUAUGAUAUUUUUAAGUCGUGCAAACAAUUGGUAAACGAGGAGAACGGCCAGAUCUUACCAACCAUCGUCCAAAAUCAUUUCGAGUCAUUGAAGAUCAUCUCAGGCUUGAGAAAAAGCGUAUCUGGGCAUAGACAAAGCGUUACCUUAAAUGAGGAUGUUGGAAUAUCUACAAUAAUCGAAAGAGAAAGAUGCAGACUGGAACCCAAAGUUGAAGGAAGAAUAAGAAUCGCUGGUUUGGGAGUGGAAAAACAGGAUGAAAGUGAUGCCAAGGCAAGACCUGCGUCUCCAAAGCCAAGAGGACGGACUACAAGACUUAAAAGUGUUUCUGCUCCAAGUGCCUCAUUAAUGGGGCUGUUGGAAAGCUCUGAAGAAAUUAAUACGUCCACAAACUUUAAAAAUGUUAGUACAGAAGAUAAUGUAACAUAAGGAUAGAUUCACAAUAAACAAUUAAAUAAUUUGCAAAAUUUGAUUUUGUUAUAUACCAGUUUUGCUUGAUGCAAUUUUGACUUAGAAACUCUUGACACAAAUGUCUUAUGAAAAAUGUAUUUAUCAAUUAGUGUUGUAGAGGUUUAUCACCGUUGUAAGUAUUAGAAUACUAUUUAUUGCAUUUAUUUGAGAUUUUUUAUACCAAUUUGAACUUUGUUUGCUAAUGUUUUACUUAAAGACGUGCUACAAUUUUGCCCUUCCUGGGAACAACCCUCUGACACAAACAAUGAAUUUUUUAUCGAUAAUUCUUAGUCACAAAGUUUUUAAGAUGCUGCAAAUCUCUUUGCCCUCACUGGGUCUCUGUGAUCACGCGUUUUCAUAUAAAUUGAUGCUUCUGCUCAAAUUGUUGGACUUUGACAGGCCAUUUCUCCUUAGUCAAUAUCGUUCAAGAUGUGAUUUGCUAAGCUAUUUUUUCGCAUAUGGACUAUGUAAAAAUCAAAAAAAAUUCAGGUCUCUUGAAUGCUGCCCCCUCCCCCAUUUGCCCUUUGAUUUAAAUGUAAAAACGAAAUAGGUUUUACAAAAUCUUUAAGGUUGCAGACAGGAAGUUUUAGGUGCGGGGGCAGUAGACUUGGGCUGCAGCUGCAUGAAAAAGCUCACCAAUGUCAGGAGUAAAAAAGGUAGGCAAUCAAUACUGAAGUGUAAACCUUUUUGAACCAGUAUAAUUUUAUGCACUGUGUUUGUUUUUAAACUGAUAUAAAGCUAAAGUUGUAUCACUUGGAGAAAAUGUUAUGUAAACACGAAUUCAGAGCAGAAUUAAUCAAUAAUUAAUUUAACAAAGCCAUAAAAUUAUCGCAAUCACAAGCUUUUUAAUGAAAUGAAAUCUUUUUCACACAACGUCUCAAUAAAUCAACAUCCUU